AUGGCGGAAGGCGGCAUCGAUCGAAAUGCCGAGGAGCGGAUGGAGUUUUCGACCUCGAAAGAGGUGACAGUCGCGCCCACCUUUGAGGACAUGCACCUCAAGGAAAACCUCCUUCGCGGAAUCUAUGCCUACGGUUACGAGUCACCGUCCGCGGUCCAGUCGCGAGCGAUCGUCCAGAUCUGUAAGGGAAGAGAUACCAUUGCGCAGGCGCAGUCGGGCACAGGCAAGACCGCGACGUUUGCCAUCAGUAUUCUGCAGAUCAUCGAGACCUCGGUCCGUGAGACACAAGCACUCGUUCUGUCACCCACGCGCGAGUUGGCGACGCAAAUUCAAAGCGUCAUUAUGGCCUUGGGAGACUAUAUGAACGUGCAAUGUCAUGCAUGCAUCGGCGGAACGAACGUGGGCGAAGAUAUCAGAAAACUCGACUACGGUCAACACGUUGUUUCGGGAACACCAGGUCGCGUGGCAGAUAUGAUUCGACGACGAAACCUCCGCACUCGAAACAUCAAGAUGCUGGUCCUCGACGAGGCAGACGAGCUUCUCAACCGUGGCUUCAGAGAACAAAUUUACGAUGUCUACCGCUAUCUCCCACCCGCCACGCAAGUCGUGGUCGUCUCUGCAACCCUCCCCUACGAUGUCCUCGACAUGACCACGAAAUUCAUGACCGACCCUGUCCGUAUCCUUGUCAAGCGUGAUGAAUUGACCCUCGAGGGUCUCAAGCAGUACUUCAUCGCUGUGGAAAAGGAGGAAUGGAAAUUCGACACCCUCUGCGAUCUUUACGACACUCUUACAAUCACCCAGGCUGUUAUAUUUUGCAACACCCGGCGCAAGGUCGAUUGGUUGACAGAUAAAAUGCGCGAGGCCAACUUCACUGUCAGCAGCAUGCACGGCGAGAUGCCUCAAAAGGAGCGCGACAGUAUCAUGUCAGACUUCCGUCAAGGAAAUAGUCGGGUCUUGAUCAGUACGGACGUCUGGGCUCGAGGCAUCGAUGUUCAACAAGUCAGUCUGGUCAUCAACUACGACUUGCCCAGCAACCGUGAGAACUAUAUCCAUCGUAUCGGCCGGAGCGGUCGGUUUGGUCGCAAGGGAGUCGCGAUCAACUUUGUCACCAGCGAGGAUGUCCGGAUUCUUCGCGACAUCGAACUCUACUAUUCCACGCAGAUCGACGAGAUGCCGAUGAACGUUGCUGAUUUGUUGACCUGA